AUGUCUGCCAAGGCUGCGAAUUAUCUCCAGCAGCUGGACAUAGCCCGCUGCGAGGGCAGCUGGAGUGCGGUCCCCGAGCUUGUUCGAAAGGUCCGUAAGCACGCGCCAGACCGAUCAUGUCUUGCCAUCACUGCAGAGACGGAAUGCGCGAUAUCGAAUGCAACACAUGCCGCCUCGACCAGUGCCCGACAGUCAGGGUCGUCCUCAGGUCACCCAGUCGCUGUGAAUCUCGACAUUGCCACGAUACUUCCCAAGCUCCUCGAAUCCAUCGAAAACGAGACCCAGCAUGUCGAGGAUAGAUUUCAGGCUCAGGUGUGUGCAGGUUGGUUGCACUGGGUGGUGGCCGAUUACAGUCUUGCACUCGCCCAACUACCAAGCAGUCUGGAACCCGAGGAUAUCAAUGUUGACCCCGCUGGUGCUAUAUCGGAAUGGACGACAGUGUGUGCCUUGAAGGCAGCAUAUUUGAGGGCCAAUUGCUUGUCCCGUGACGACCAGAGGAAGGCAUCUCUGACGGCUUUCCUGUCUGGGCUAAAUGCUCUGUCUCGUCUAUGGUCUGGCCAAGGAGCCCGGAAACAACUGAGUUAUUGGUCCGAGCUAUACCUUACUGAGUAUUGUAUGCUCGCUAGUCAGUCGAUCAGAGACGGCGACACGUUGCUGGAUGAGGUCAACUCGAUCGCCUGCUUCCGCUCCUGGGCAAAGUAUUGGGAGACCAUGUCAGCUCCUGCUAUUGGUGGCUAUGGAUUUAGAGGAUCCGUGCCACGACGCAGAGUUUGGUAUGAGUAUUAUUGGGCUCUUUCCCGGAUAUUGGCGGAAGACCUCCCUUAUCCCACUGGACACCUGGGCAAGAUUUCGAACGACAUGUCAGCUCGUGGACAGCUGCGGGUCGAGAUUAAGAGUGCGGAAGCGGCAUACCAGACACUCCUUUUAACCGAAACAACUUUUCCACGCGCCGACGAAGAGCGAGCCGAGGUCGAGGUUUUCGUCCAGCUAGUUGUCAAGAAUUGGUCUAUCCUGAGCGGCCGUGGAUGGCGCGAACAGGACCUUGGGCAAGGGGGUCGCAACAGUCUCACCCGAGGUGUUCUUGACGUUCUUUACAAUGCUGCACAGAAGACCUAUCAUUCUACAGCCAUUCUACGCAGCCUAUUUGUGGUCCAUCUUGCCGUGGCGGAAUUUGAUCUAGCGUUCAAAGCAUUCGACUCCUAUCUGGACAUUGUCAAGAAGGGCAAGGUGCGAGUCGACAAGACGGGAGAGGCGGAACCAGGUUUGGAUGAUGAUGGAACGGUAUUGGAGACAAUAUCGCAGGCCAUAAUUGCGUUGUGCCGGUAUGGAAAUGACGAUGUCAUUGAGAAGGCUCGCCAGCUUGGGGCUGAGCUGGAAGACUGGCUGGCCAGGCUACCUCAGUUCAAAUCCUCGGACAGUGUCGGUAGCCCAACCAUGAUAAAUGGGCAGCCGAGCGAGUUACACCCUCCGAUUGCACCACACGUUCUAGCUCUCUCGUGGCAAGCCAUUGGGCUUUCCCAAGCACAUUGGUCAAGGGCCACACACGAAGCAACCUCGCGACCGGAAAUUCAAGCACGAGCUAUAAGAUGCCUGCGCAGAUCUCUAGCAACGGAGCUCGGCCGAUCAAGAGAUGUUAGGAGCUACUUCAGUCUUGCUCUGUUGCUGGCCGAAAGGAGAGAGCUGACAACGGCGAUCGAGGUAGCGAGAACAGCGCUGCUUACUAGCAAGGGAAGGGAAGAGCAGUAUCAUUUAUUACACGGGCCGUAUUGGCAGGAACGUUCCCUGAUACCAAUGUGGCAUUUACUGGCCUUGCUUCUUAGCGCCCGGCAAGAUUACAUUCUGGCUGCGCGAGCUUGUGAAGGCGCUUUCGAGCAAUUCAGGGAUCCCUCGGUGCUUUUCGGAAAGGGUGAUCCUCAUUUCAAGAGUGAGCAUCUCAAAGACCUCGAAUCCUCUGAAUCUCGAACCGGCCUCGUCGACGAAAUGGACGACACAGAGAAGGAGUCCAUCUUGGAGGUGAAGAUGACACAACUCUCUCUUGUUGAAUUACUUGAGGGCCCUGAGGUUGCUGUCAACGCUAGCUACGAGCUGCUGACGCUUUUUUCUCGGCUCUUUGGAAACAUUAUACCACAGUCCCUUGGUAACCUCAGCGUCUCCAAGGUCAACGAACCUCCAAAGACAGCAGGCACUUUCCGAAGUAUCCGCGGAAGCUUCUUUGGUGGCAGGGACAAGUCUCGGCCAGCAACAAGACAGGCAAGUGUCAGCAACACUGCCGUGAACAAUGAGAAAUCUACGACGAGGCCUGCAACUGCGCGCACAGUCGGCAGCGCAGGGGCCCCAACUAUUCAAGUGACCGAAAACAACCAGCCCCCAUCAACUCGCAGGGGAAGUACUGGGCAAACCCGGGCCCCCAGGAGUGAGUCUGCUAAAGGAGGCAGCUUCAAGAGGCGAGACAGGAGUAUGAGUGGGCACAGACGACCCAGCACGGCAGAUGUAUCAACGCAGGUGGUUGAAGAGGAACCAGCCCCACCCUCGGAUGACAACUCCGACUUCUUUUCCACAACCUCGUCGAUAAACAGGGAGGUUUCGUCCGCAUCGGCGGCCUCGUCAUCACGAGGCCGCCCACUUCCCACGUUAAAUUCGUUCCUCUCCAACGUUUCCAAGUCUUCUGAGCACGCAGAGUCGUCAACCAAUGUGACAUAUACAUCCGGUGAUCUCUUACCUCUGAUCCAAUUCUCCAGUGAUAAAGAGAGAGUGCAAAGGACGACUAUUUUGAUCGGCGUCUGGUUGAUGAUUGCAGGCUUCUAUCGCCGUGCAAGCCUCUAUGACGACUGCGAGGGUGCCGUUACGGAAGCAAAGAAGCUCGUCCAAAGCCUGGAGGCUGACAAGCAGAGGGAGCCGUCCGACUCGUCAACGAUGAAAGGUAUUGCCUGGGCUGAGAAGAAGAGCAUUGAGGAUCUGUGGGGUGAUGUUUUUGCAGAGUAUGGUCAUCUUUCUGUGGCAAGAAAUGCUCCCUAUGACGGCCGCUCGGAUUUCGAGACGGCACUCACAUACUCGCCAAACCACCCAGCUGCCACGGUCGGUUUGUCAAAUAUUCUACUGGAUGUCUACAGCGAAGUGAUUCGCCCUGUGCCCACGUUUCCACGUCUCGAAGGCACCGAGGUCCUGCUCAACCCCUCCUCUCCCGCACCCAAGACUGGCAAGGUUGCCCCCAAAACUCUUCCAACCAAUCCUCUAGGCCUAGGAACUACGUCAAGUUCACCAAGCUCGGCGCCCCUCGCCAGCCCUUUGCACAACCAGACAUGUCUUGCCCACGAAGAUGACCUCCCUGAGCCUUACAAGGCAACUUGUCUCCCUCUUGCGGAGCGGCUCGCCGCCCGCGAUCGCGCCCAUGGUCUGUUAUCUGGCCUAACACGUCUUGGGACCAGCUGGAAUUACUCAGAUGCUUGGUUCGCACUCGCCCGUGCCCAUGAGGAGAGUGGUCAGGCUGACAAGGCCAAGGAUGUCCUCUGGUGGUGCAUCGAGCUUGAAGAAGCCCGCCCAGUUCGUGACUGGGGUGCCCUGGGCGGUGGUAGUUAUGUUCUUUAA